CAAACAACAAAUGAAUAAGCAAGUUUUCUUUAUUCUUAUUGGAGCAGGGUUAUUUAUAACCAAUAAAGCCACAGCAGAUGUUAUGAAUGUGGUAAGAGACUCACCCUAUCGUUGCCAUUCCGAAGAAAAACAUUGUAUUAAAAUUAUCAACGAAAGGAGAGAAUGGUGUUUUACAAACGAUAAUGGAUUUAAUUUUAAACUUCCUUGUAACUAUGACAUAGAUUGCAUUAACACGGUCGAUUGCAUAACCUUAUCAAAUAAUUCAGCGGAUAACAACCGUCCUUUUGGUUCUCCACCAAUUAAAACAUUUGCAUCAUCUAUUUCACAUUAUUCGUACGACGACAAUUCAAAAGUUGGGCCACAAAAUUGGCAUAAAAUUUACAGAAGUUGCCAAAGUUCUUCUGAUAAAUUUCAAUCGCCAAUAAAUAUUAAAACUAAGGGGACAACAAGAAUGCAAGAAUGGAAACCGGUCAUUAUAUCCUUUCCAUCCCCUUCAACACCAUUUAAAGAUGCUGUUCUUGAAAACAAUGGCAAUGUUCUAAAGCUAUUAAAUAUUGAUCCACCACUUACAUUAGAAGCAGCAGGACUUGUAAACAGAUUUGUAUUACAUGAAGUUCAUUUCCACUUUGGAUGCGAGUCAGAUAGAGGUUCAGAACAUCAUAUUAAUGGCAAAAAAUAUCCAUUAGAAGUACAAUUUGUGUUCUGGGACAAUGUGGAUUUUAGAUCUUAUGAACAUGCUAAAAAUAGAAAACGGCCAACAAAUAAGUCAGCAUUUGAAGAUCCAUUUCGAAAUGGUCUUGCUAUUGUUGCAGUUUUAUUUGAUGAAGAUGAUUUAAUCCAAACAUCUGAAAAUUUUAAAAUCUUCAAUAAAGCGAUAAAUGAAAUUGGUUCCAAACCUAAAGGAAAAUAUGCCAUAACAUCCAAUUUAGCUGAAAUCUUACAAACCUUCUUACCUGAUGAUAUUAAAGAAGGUCAUAAUUAUUUUUUUAAAUACCGUGGCUCAUUAACAGCACCACCGUGUUUGGAGACCGUAGAUUGGUUUGUAUUGCCAAACUGCUGUAAACUUAAAGUUCCAACUGAAUUUUUAGUCACCUUACGGCAACUUCGCUCGAAUUUAAAUAACGCAAACAUGGAGCUUUGUGAUAACUUUAGACCAAUCCAGGAACGAACUAAUGAGGAAGUUUUUUGGUAAAAUUAUAUUAUGAAAGUUAUAAUGUAAAUAAAGGUACUUACAGUAAACUUAGAGUUGUAAAAUUUUGUUAAAAUUUUGUAACUGCAUAUGUUCAGUAAUAAAUUACUGUGUUCUGCA